AUGGGCAACGACCUCAAGGCUGUAACACUCGCUGUUGAUGAAAUAUCUGAUUCCUCUAGAGCUGGUACUCCAAGCUCCCAAGAUGAGAGCACAGGAGAGGUCGCUGAACGAUCAGCGCAACCGAACUUCACCUCCCUACUACCGGAAUUGACGCUAGAGGAGAAGGUUGGCUUGUUGUCGGGAACAGAUUUUGUUCACUCGAGCGGAGUUUCACGAUUGAACAUUCCUCCAUUAAAGCUCGUCGACUCCGUCAACGGGGUCAAAGGCUCCGAACUUCACCACGGCGUCCCAACAGCCAUUUUUCCAAGCUCGACUUUAUAUGGUGCGACCUGGAAUAAUACGCUCAUGGAGGAACUAGGAAGGGCAUUGGCGUACCAAGCGAAAUUGAAAUCCGCACAAGUCAUUCUCGGACCAACAAUUAACAUUCACCGCGAUCCUCGAGGGGGGAGGAAUUUUGAAUGUAUCAGCGAAGACCCUCUUCUAUCUGGUCAGCUUGCGGCCGGGGUCGUGCGCGGCAUACAGUCACAAGGGGUCGCUGCUUGCCCGAAACAUUUUGCUUGCAACGAGAGUGAGUUCAAAAGGAGACAGUACAGUGUCGCCGAGUCUCACAACAGCCGCACUGUUCGGGAGAUAUAUGUAGCUGCUUUCCAGGAGUUGUUGAGAAGAAGUGAGCCAAACGGCUUGAUGGCUAGCUACAAUAAGCUGAAUGGCACACAUACAACAGAGCAUCCUUUCCUGAAGGAGAUAUUGCGGGGUGAAUGGGCAUACAAUGGAUGUCUGGUAUCCGAUUGGUUUGCCACUAAAUCUUGUGCUGCAUCCAUUAAUGCUGGGCUUGACCUCGAGAUGCCCGGUCCAUCCGUCUUUCGUGGUCCAAAGCUUGUAGCAGCUGUAAGGGACGGGCUUGUUGACGAAAAAGCGGUCGAUGAGUGUGUUUCUCGAGUUCUCUCGUUGGUCGAGAAGACGCGCGAGUCUCACUCACAGGAACCUGAAAGAUCUGAAGUAAAUCCGGAGACGAACGCACUGGCCCUGCAGAUCGCAUCGGAAGGCAUUGUCCUUCUCAAAAAUGAGCAGGAUGUCUUGCCUCUUGACAUGCGUCGUGCUCCCAAGAUUGCAGUCAUUGGUGUCCCCGCCAGUGAGCCCGUCGUGAGCGGCGGAGGUAGUGCCAGUGCACCUCCGCAGUACCUACAAAAGCCAUUGGACUAUUUGAAAGACGCUCACCCCUUCCCUUCAUUGGUGAAAUAUGCUCGAGGGGUUAAUACAAACAGAACCGUCCCCAUUGUGCCGCUGGAUUACACUCUGUCCAAGAAUGGCAGCCCAGGUUUUGACGUCUCUUAUUUUAACCAGGGUUCUGAUCUGCCCGUGUACACCGAACACCAGAAGACUCCGGUGGUUGCCAUGGUUCGAAACUUGAAACCCGGUCUGAUAGAGCCGGGCUUCAGCUACGAGAUCUCAACUACCAUUACCCCCAAGACGACCGGCCCACACACUUUAGCCGCUCGCGUUACGGGCAGCUCUUCUCUAUUUGUCGAGAGCAGGGCGGUUCUUUCGGUCCCGAAACAACAUGAAGUGACAAUGGAAGAUUUCCUUUUCGAGCCAGCUCGCCUGGAACACCGCGCCUCUGUAUUCAUGGAGGCUGGAAAGCCUUACUUGGUGCGCCUACUGAGUCAGGCCCGUAUCCCUCGGGAGAACGACUACGAGCCCACUCCUCACGGUGCAACGCUGUGCUACGAGGAAUUCAAUGAUGAGCGGGCGUCGAUAUCCGAAGCCGUCCAGGUCGCUUCUACAUCAGACGUGAGCAUCAUAUUUGCCGGUCGAAAUCAGCAAUACGAAUCUGAAGGGUUUGAUCUUGAUUCCAUGAGCAUGUCCGAACCCCAGGUGAAGCUCAUCAGAGCCGUCACGGCAGUUUCCAAGAAGACAGUCUUGGUCCUCAACUGCGGCAAUCCGAUCGACGUAUCGCCUUUUGUGAAUGAAGUAGACGCGAUUCUCAAUGCUCACUUCCCUGGCCAGGAGGGCGGACAGGCAAUUGCUAAUAUCCUGACUGGCAAAACCAACCCGAGCGGCCGCUUGGCGACGACGUGGCCGAAGAAGUUCGAUGAUGAGCACGUGCCUACUUACCACAACUUCCCUGCGCAACUUACCGAACGUGGAUAUGAAAUCAAAUAUGAAGAAGGCAUUCAGAUAGGAUACAGACAUCCUCGAUCCCAGCACACUGCGCAAUGGGAAUUUGGUCACGGGUUGUCUUACACUACAUUCGAAUACUCGGGCAUCAUUGUCAGCGGCCGGGGCAUGACUGAGGAGGCAUGCGACUCUGACCUGACCAUCUCAGUCAAAGUCAAGAACACUGGGACUUACCCGGGUCAGGAGGUUGUCCAGCUCUAUGUAUCUCCUCCAGAGAGCACGAAGGUGUGGCGUCCUGCUCGCGAGCUUAAGGGGUAUGCAAAAGUAUGGAUACUUCCUGGGGAGUCGGAAACAGUGACACUCCUCUUGAGUAAGAAACAUGCAUUCAGCUACUGGGAUAAGGAUGUCAACCAAUGGCGGUUGGAGCCUGGAACCUACCGUCUUGCGGUGGGAUCUCUUGCGACUGCCUUUGACGUUGAGGACAGUUUAACGUGGACUGGACGAUAG